AUGGGUCUUGAUGCUGGAACACCCCUGCGACGCGUGGCCACUCACCACAAGGGUGAGAAUUCAUCGAUUCUAUUCGACCAAGAAAUCACGCCCUCGUCCGGCUUCGGCAGCAAUGCUGUCACUAUAUGGAGAAACGACAAGUAUCCUGCCGAACUCGUCGAUAAAGAUCCCGUCAGCAGCGACCCCGUCAUCUAUACACAAGGAUCUCUUAUUCGAGUCGUGGACUUCCCCGCAAACUCUUCCGGGCAUAAUCAUAGAACAGCCUCGCUUGACUAUGGAAUUGUUACUCAGGGGGAGUUGGAGAUGGCCCUUGCAGACGGUUCAAAGACCAUUGUCCGUGCGGGCGACGUUGUUAUUCAACAAGCGACACUGCACCAGUGGAACAACCUGACAGAUAAACCGGCUCGUGUUAUUUUUGUGCUGCUGCCAUCUCAGAAGACUGUUGCCGGAGUUGACGUAACGGAGACUGGAGUUCCAGAGAAAUAUCUUCCCGAGGCUUAA